AUGAUAUUCAAGCUCGAUUCAGGGAAGCCUACACUUACGGCCAUGAUGAUGCAGCAAAUGCUGACAUAUGGACUUAAUCUCUCGCCCACCCUGGCGCAUUUCCAGAAUAUACCAAAGAACCUGCGGAAGUUAGCAAGAUCAUUACUGCUGGGAAUUAUCCAAAACGGAGAUUCCAGCAUACCAUGGCUAUCCAGCAGAACCUCUAUCUUCUAUGAAUCAAACUGCGUGCCGGCGAUGCAUUUCUUGUCUGCGUCUGUUGCGCUCAAGAAGAAAGUCGACAGUGGCCCAAGUGUUGGUCACGUGAUGCAACAUGAUUUAGACGCGCGCGCUUGUCGAGUAACUAGUGAGUUAAGCGCUUUGUCGCUUCUUGACUUCUUCUCGGUCCUCACCAUCGGAAACACCAACAACACAGACAGCAGCUUUGCUCGGAACACUGCAGUUGAAGGGAGAACAUUCGGCUUUUUUUAUGCCUCAGAAAAGGCGUACUAA